CAGAACAUCAAGAAGUAGAUGGAGAAGAGUGCGGCGGUAAGGAUGAGCCACUUGAAGAAAAAGAACAAGUGCCUUGAUGUUUUCCGCAGCUGACAGAAAACCAAGAGAGAAAAAAAAAGAUCGAUGGAACGUGGAGGAUCAGCUUCCGGCUUCCACGGCUACCGGAAACUCACCGCCUCAACCUCCGGGAUAAAGUUAUCCGAGAUGAACAUGAGACUCGAGGAGAUCAAUCACGGAAACACCACCACCAAUAACAGCAACAACAAUACGGCAGAUGACAAUGAAUGCACGGUUAGGGAGCAAGACAGGUUCAUGCCAAUUGCGAACGUUAUCAGAAUCAUGCGAAGGAUACUUCCUCCGCACGCCAAAAUCUCCGAUGACGCCAAAGAAACAAUCCAAGAAUGUGUCUCUGAGUACAUCAGCUUCAUCACCAGCGAAGCCAAUGAACGCUGCCAACGCGAGCAGCGCAAAACAAUUACUGCUGAGGAUGUUCUUUACGCGAUGAGCAAGCUGGGCUUUGAUGACUAUAUUGAACCACUGACUGUGUAUCUUCACCGUUAUCGCGAGCUGGAGGGUGAGCGUAGUUCGAUAAGAGGCGAGCCACUAGUAAAGAGGAGCGAAUAUGGCACGAUGGGGGUAACAGCUGCAUUUGUGCCUCCUUAUCAUCAUCACAUGGGGCAUCCUCACGGAUAUUUUGCUAUGGGAGGAUAUAUGAGAGAUGGUUCCAAUCCGGGUUCUUCCCAAGUUGCGAUGGCUGAUGCCGAAGCAUAUACGCACCCGAAGUGAGGUAUAAUACAAAAUGCUACAUUAAGCAGAGAUGUAAUGCUAACGUAGGUAGGGAACAAAAUGAAGGGGUUAGUGUUUGUGAGUUGUGUACCAUUGGAAGAACCUCUAGUAGUAUUUUCUGUUUGAUUGGCAUUGUACCAAAACAUUAAGGUCUUCCCUGAGAUCAGCUGCUUUCUGACUGUUUAUUUCAGUAAUAUUCUCCUUGAUAUUAA